GACGCGUUCUGCGUAAUUAUGGCAAAAUUUGUGCUGGCUGGUAAAGCAGAUUGUCCUUAUUAUGCCAAAGCGGAGCUUUUAGCAGACGCUCUGCGACGAUCUCUUCCGAGCUUCCGGGUCCAUAACAUCUCCGUCCUGCCAGACGAAUGGAAGGAAUGGCUGGAAUCCACAUGCCAAAGAAAUGGCUGGAAGCACGAUGAGUCUCCUUUGGUUUGGAGGGAGCUGGUGGAACAAGGAGGCAAAGGGAUGCUCUUGGGUGGCUUCAGUGACUUCCUGGACUACUGUCAGGAAUACUAUGGCAUCACGUCGGACAUGUCCACAGACGUGGCGGAGACAAUCGCGGCAGAGAAUCUGGAGACACGAUCAAGCCUCGCUGCUGAAGAGCUCCAUCGCCCCAGUCUGACUCGGCCCCUUCAUGUAUGGAUCACUGGUGCUCUCAGCUCAACGUGCCAAAUCCUCAUCCCGAGCUUGCUGUCCGCUGAGGCGUUUCCCGGAGUUGCAGCUGUUGCCCUCCAUCUGCUGGACCUGGAGGGGGACGAAGAGGACAUGCAGAGGCUGAAGACGGAGGCCGAAGACCUGGCGCUCGGCGUGCUCCAUCAGGUGUUGGUUCACACCAAUCUGGAUGAGGCUUUCCACGAAGCAACCGUCGUCCUGCUGUUGGAUGAUUUCGCCGAGGACAAAGGGGACGAGACAACCGAGGACCGGAAGAGGAGAGCCAUGAGGAUGUGUGAGCGCUACAGGGAGUACGGGCGUCUCAUCGAUGGACGGGCCAGCAGACAGGUGAAGGCGAUAGUGUCCGGGGACUCUUUUGUCAACCUGAGAUGCUCGCUGCUCGUGGAGAACGCACCCUCCAUCCCGAGCCACCAGUUUGUUGCCACGGCAUCGCAGCUGGAGAGCGAGGCCAGAGCGGUGGUGGCGGAGAAGAUGAACGUGAGGCCCUCAGAUGUCACAGGUGUCAUUGUGUGGGGGAACAUCAGCGGCAGUUCCGUCAUCGACCUGCAGAGGGCGAAGGUUUUCAACUACCGAGGGGCAGUCAGGGGGCCAGCUUCCUUCUCCCAGUCGGUCCUCCAGAUUUUACAGGACAGGAAAUGGGUGGACACAGAAUUUCAACAACAGGUUCGUCGCCGGCGUGCGCUUGUGGUUUCAAAGGCUGGCCGUGCAGCUGGAAUAUCGGCCGCCAACGGGAUCCUCCGAGUGCUGAAGGCUUGGCACGGUGCCUAUGGUCAAGAUGAGGCCUUCUCGCUUGGUCUGCUUUGCACAGGCUUGUUCAACCUCCCCAACGACGUCCUCCUCUCGGUGCCAGUUACAUGUGUGGAUGGCAAAUGGUCCGUCCUCCUGGACGUCACCGUGGACGGCAAGCUGCAGGAGGAUCUCAAGCUCUGCGCAGACGAGCUGCGGCAGGAAAAGGAAAUCUGAUUUCGAGGAGCCUCUUUGAAAGCAGUGAAAA